CUCAAGCUGAUUGGCAUGUAUGCCGACCAACGACGCAAGAAUGUCGAUGCAUCGCCGCCGUCCAGCAGGCCGGGCCAGGCCAGCCACCGCCCUGUCGCUUCGCGCGCGUCAGCUCCUGCUGCCGCUCCUCAUCCUGCUCCUGUCGUCCUCCCUGCGCACAGCGGACUCGGCGCGGGGCGAGGCCGAGGCGCUCCUGCGGUGGAAGGCAAGCCUGCUGGCGCCGGCCGACGCCCUCGCCUCGUGGUCGCUGAACGGCUCCGCGGUGGCCACCGCGCCGUGCGCGUGGCGCGGCUUGUCGUGCGACUCCCUCGGCCGCGUCGUGGACGUGGACGUGGCCGGCGCGGGCCUCGCCGGCACUCUCGGCUCGCUGGACCUCGCGUCGCUCAGCAGCCUCGCCAGCCUCAACCUCAGCUUCAACGCGCUGGCGGGGCCGUUCUUCCCGUCCAACGUGUCCGCGCCGCUGCUCAGCGUCCGGUCCGUCGAUCUGUCCAACAACAGCCUGUCGGGGCCGAUCCCGGCGACGCUGCCGGCGUACAUGCCGAACCUCGAGCUCCUCAACCUCUCGUCCAACCAGUUCGCCGGCGAAAUACCGGCGAGCGUCGCCAAGUUGACCAAGCUGCACAGCCUUGUCCUGGCCUCCAACCAUCUCGCCGGCGGCAUACCGGCGGUGCUCGGCAACGUCUCCGGGCUACGAGAACUCGAGCUGUCCAGCAACCCGUUGGGCGGCACGAUUCCUGCUGCUCUCGGUAAGCUCCGGUCCCUGGAGCGCAUCAACGUCAGCCUCACUCAGCUGGAGUCAACGAUUCCCAGCGAGCUCAGCCUCUGCACCAACCUCACCGUCGUUGGCCUCGCGGGGAACAAUCUCUCCGGGGGGCUGCCGCCGUCGCUGACCAAGCUGACCAGAGUACGGGAGUUCAACGUCUCCAAGAACAAGCUCACCGGCGAGAUACUGCCAGACUACUUCACGUCUUGGACAGAUCUCAGGGUGUUCCAGGCGGACGGCAACCGUUUCACCGGCAGGAUACCCCAGGAGGUCGCGGCGUCGUCCAGGCUCGAGUUCCUCUCCUUGGCGACCAACAACCUUUCCGGCGUGAUCCCGCCUGUCAUCGGAAGGCUGACAAGCCUCACGGUGCUGGACCUCUCCGAGAACGAGUUCUCCGGCACGAUCCCCAGGACGAUCGGCAACCUCACGAGCCUCACUACCCUGAGGCUGUACGAUAACAAGCUCACCGGCCGGUUGCCCGACGAGUUCGGGAAAAUGACGGCGCUGCAGAGGCUCUCCAUAAACACCAACAUGCUGGAGGGCGAGCUGCCGGCUGGGCUCACCCGUCUGCCGGACCUCCUCGGCAUCGUCGCCUUCGACAACCUAUUCUCCGGCACCAUCCCGUCGGAUUUCGGUCGGAACCUGUCCAUCUUCGGCAUGUCGAACAACAAGUUCUCCGGCGGGCUGCCUGCGGGGCUGUGCAGCACGCCCCGCCUCCGGUACCUUAGCCUUGAUGACAACCACCUCUCCGGCACCGUGCCCGCUUGCUACCGUAACUUGACAAAGCUGGUGCGCUUCCGGAUGGCAAGGAACCGGUUGUCCGGCGACGUGUCAGAGAUCUUGGGAUCGCAUCACCCUGACCUCUACUACUUUGACCUGUCCGGGAACUUGUUCGACGGCCAGCUCCCGGAGCACUGGGCUCAGUUCAAGAGCCUUUCGUACCUGCACCUGGACGGCAACAAGAUCACCGGCACGAUUCCGGCCAGUUACAGCGCCAUGACUGCAUUGGAAGACCUGAGCCUCGCGUCGAAUCGUCUGAUUGGAACGAUACCGCCGGAGCUCGGUGAGCUGCCUUUGCUCAAGUUGGAUUUGAGUCACAACAUGCUGUCCGGACAGAUCCCUCUGUCCAUGGGGAACGUCACUGGGAUGCUACGGCUGGACCUGGCCGGAAAUCGUCUCGACGGCGGCGUGCCGGUGGAGCUAACGCGACUCGCCCACAUGUGGCACCUGAACCUGAGCCACAACAACCUGACCGGAAGUGUCCCGGCUCUGCUCGGAAAGAUGGCCUCAUUACAGGAGCUGGAUCUUAGCGGCAACCCGGGCCUGUGCGGUGACAUCACCGGCCUGGAUUCUUGUCGCUUGGAUCCCAUCGGAGGUGCCUCCAGACGGCACAUCGUGAGGCGGCGGAUCAUCGUCGUCGCCAGCGUGGUCUCCGCCGCGGCGCUGCUGGCCUCCGCUGCCGCGGUGGCGUGCGCGCUGGCCCGCGGGAGGCGGCCGACCGGUAAAGACAGCGCGGACACGACGGCGAGCGGCAGCGCGGCGGCGGCUCUGACGGCUUCCAUCUGGGGCAAGGACGCGGAGUUCUCGUUCGGCGACAUCCUCGCGGCGACGGAGCACUUCCACGAGGCCUACUGCAUCGGCAGGGGCAGCUUCGGUAGCGUGUACCGGGCCGACCUGCCCGGCGGGCACAGCCUCGCCGUGAAGCGGCUGGACGCGUCGGAGUCCGGCGACGCGUGCUGGGGGAUCAGCGAGAGGAGCUUCGAGAACGAGGUCCGGGCGCUGACGCGCGUCCGGCACCGGAACAUCGUGAGGCUGCACGGGUUCUGCGCCAUGGGCGGGUACAUGUACCUGGCGUACGAGCUGGUGGAGCGGGGCAGCCUCGGCAAGGUGCUGUACGGGGCCGGGCGGAGCUGCGAGCAGUUCGGCUGGGCGGCGCGGGUGCGCGCCAUCGGCGGGCUGGCGCACGCGCUGGCGUACCUCCACCACGACUGCUCGCCGCCGAUGAUCCACCGCGACGUGACCGUCAACAACGUGCUGCUGGACCCGGACUUCGAGCCGCGGGUGUCGGACUUCGGCACGGCGAGGUUCCUCGCCCCCGGGCGCUCCGGCUGCACCAGCGUCGCCGGCUCCUACGGCUACAUGGCGCCAGGUAAAGGCACGGAACUCGCAAUGGCGGCGGCAUCGUGCCGCGCACUGCGUUGCUGCUGCUCACUGACUCCAGAACGGGGUGGUGUGUUCUUGGCCGCAGAGCUGGCGUACCUGAGGGUGACGACCAAGUGCGACGUGUACAGCUUCGGCGUCGUGGCUCUGGAGAUCCUGAUGGGCAGGCACCCGGGCGGGCUCAUCAGCUCCCUUCACACGCGGCUCCCGUACACCAGUGAGCACAGCGACGGCGCUGGAGCCGGCGAGCCGAUGCUGCUGAAGGACGCGGUGGAUCAGAGGCUGGACCCGCCCGCGGGGCAGGUGGCCGGGCAGCUCGUGUUCGCGUUCGUGGUGGCCCUGUCCUGCGUCCGGGAGGACCCCGAGGCCCGGCCGACCAUGCGGAACGUCGCCCAGGAGCUCUCGGCACGGAAGCUGUCGGUGCUCAACAGGCCGUUCGCCGCGAUCAGGGUUGAAGACCUGACCAGCUCGCAAGGGUAACGUGCUGCAGUUGUACAGAAGCAGGCUCUCUUUUAUUUGCAUGCCAAGAUAGCAAAACCUCGAGGCUUGAUUAACUCGGAUUGAUCAUUAGUACCUGCAAUUGUUAGCGGCAGAUUGAUAAUUCAAAGUGAGAAAUUGGCAAGCUGGAAUUGGAAAAAAAAUUGUAACUGUUUCCCAGGGUGUGAUGUGCACAACUGUACCAGCGCAGUGCAUAAA